AUGAAGGAGGAGCCUCCCUCAUCCGCCAAGUGCCGAGACAAGUUCCUUGUGCAGUCAACCAUCAUCACUCCGGACUUUGAGACGGCCUCGCUCCAGGAGAUCUGGCCUACGAUCGAAAAGGAGAACAAGUCGGCGAUCCACGAGCAAAAGAUCCGAUGCGCAUACCUCCCCGCUACCACCGCUCCGCUCGCCGAGGAGGACGAGGGCAACACUAGCCAGGCCAACGGCGACGAGCGAUACAGCACGGUGCGAGGAACACCGAGCAAGUUCAACGGCGACGACAGCUACUCUUCGCAGACGUACAACCCCAUCGCUGCCGCCCAGAACGCUUCGGCGAACACCGACGGCUCGUCGGCCGUCAAGGCCAAGGAGGCUCUGUAUGCGGCUGGCGGUGCUGCUGCUGCCGGUGUCGGUGCAGCCGCGGUGGCUACGCGAAACGCCGGAUCGGGCGUCGUCAACGGUGCCACGUCGGGCGCUUCGGCUGCCAACAAGGACACCUCGAACCUCUCCAGCUCGGAACUGCAGGCCGAGGUGGCCCGGCUCAGAAAGGAGCUCGAUGCUGCCAAACGCUCGUCGUCUGGCAACGUGCAAACCGCCUCUGCUGAGGGUGUUCCCGUGCACAUUGUCGCUGCUAUUGCGUUUGCCGUAUUCGCUAUCACGUACGUCAUGUUUUGA